CUUGUCAUGUUUAUACCUGUUGUUGAGCUGAGGCACUUGAUUUGUCAUCGUCCCCACUCCUCUGUCUUUUGGGGAGACAUAAAACAUAAGUAAAUAAUACAUGUGGUCAUUCUGUAACAUUAUGCCUGAAGACAUCAUCACAAAAUUUUAAAUGUAAAUGACAAACCUCUGAUUUACAUGGUUCAUCAUAAUUGGUAAAUUUGACAUUCACAAGCCAAGAUGUUCUAAGUCUUUCCCAAACGCUGACAAUUUUAUGAUAUCAUUUUAAUUUAUACAUGGAGACAUUACCCCUUACAAAAACAAAAAAAGUGACCGCACACUAUUUUACUUUAAAGGAUUGUUUUGACCAUAUGACCCUGGAUUAAGUUUUUUUUAAACGUUUAUACCUGUUGCUAAUUAUUUGCAUGCUUAUUGUGUGAAAUUCAAAACAAAUAAGAAAAACAAUAAUAUCCAAAUAUCAGAGUGAAAACAGGGCGCUUUGUAAAGAAUUACAGAUUACAAAAAACGGUUGGAACAACAAAAUAAUUUUUGUUGAAAAGAAAAAAAACAGACAGAACUGAACCUUCGAAAAAACAUAAUUGAGGCAUAUUGUUACACAGUUCUUUAAAUCAACUGUAGGGGGCAGCAGUUUAAAAGAAGAGUGUAGUUUACGGUGCCGGUGUUGUUUCCCAGUCGGGCUGUUUCCCCCACCCUUAACCUGAACCCAGCUUCAUCCGAACUACCAGACAGGGGGCGGUUGUGGUGGUAAUGCACCCAAACGUAACGCUGGUUGCCACUCGACUUAAAACGGAAAGAAGAAGUGGAGGUGCAAGGCUAAACUGAAUUCGACACAACACCGGAAAUACGCAGAGGAAGAGGAAAACAAGACUACGAAGAAGAAGAAGAAGAAGAAGAAGAAGCGAAAUAGGCUCCCUCCGCUAGCUAGCUAGCUACUGCUGGGAAGUAGCGACAACAUUUACAGCAUCACAAUGAGUUAUGCAGAUAAGACGGAGGAUAUAACGAGGGACGAGUGGAUGGAUAAACUCAAUAAUGUCCACAUUCAGAGAGCCGAUAUGAACAGGCUCAUUAUGAACUACUUGGUGACAGAGGGCUUCAAAGAGGCAGCGGAGAAGUUCAGAAUGGAGUCUGGGAUAGAGCCCAGUGUGGAUUUGGAUUCUCUAGAUGAAAGAAUUAAAAUCAGAGAGAUGAUCCUGAAGGGACAGAUCCAGGAUGCCAUUGCGCUGAUCAACAGUCUGCACCCAGAACUGCUGGAUACCAAUCGUUACCUCUACUUUCAUCUACAGCAGCAGCAUCUGAUCGAGCUGAUUCGUUUGAGGGAGACCGAAGCUGCUCUUGAAUUUGCCCAGUCUCAGCUAGCAGAGCAGGGGGAGGAGAGCCGAGAAUGCCUGACCGAGAUGGAGAGGACACUGGCCCUGCUGGCCUUUGACAACCCAGAAGAGUCUCCUUUUGGAGAUCUGCUCAAUAUGAUGCAGAGACAAAAGGUGUGGAGUGAAGUGAAUCAGUGUGUGCUAGAUUAUGAAAACAGAGAGUCAACACCCAAGCUGGCCAAGCUCCUGAAACUACUGCUGUGGGCUCAAAAUGAACUUGACCAAAAGAAAGUUAAGUAUCCCAAAAUGACAGACCUAAGCAAGGGAACAAUCGAAGACCCAAAAUAAGGACCCACGGUGAAAACAAACCACAGCAUCAUAAAAUGGACACAUUUCCUUUAUCUAUUUAUACCCCCAACAGACCGACUCGCAAAGAGUACAACCUUUUCUUUUUGUAAGGGUUGCUUUUUGAUACUUUAGUAACGUCGAAUGUGCAUACUGGAUUGAUGGCAUUUUAAAAAGACUUCUCACACAAGAAUAACAUGCAUACCAUCAUUUUACUUCAUAUUUACACAUUAUUUAAGUAAAAUUGGUAUAUUACAGUUACACUAGUUUUUCUGUCUGUUGGCAGGGAAAGUUGUUGGCAUAGGAGGGUGUGAAUAAAGCCUAAAUUAGGCUGUCACUUUCUGCGUGUGACCACUUAGAAGGGGGUUUGAUGUUCAGGGAAAAUGGCUGGCUCGGUGUGUACUGCCUCAAAUAAACAUACUUUUUCUUUAAAAAACCAUACGCAUUUCAGCCAGUAGUCUCUCAGCAAGUACUCUAUGUGACAGAAAUGGCAAAGAUACUUUGGAUGUUUCACACUACUGUAACAUUGAAAUUGAAAUUUGUAGAUUCAUAUUGCAUUGUUGCUUAAGACAUUACGAAAAGAUGCAGACAACAAGAACAAAGACAAGAGAAACUUUUGAUUUUUGCAGUUAAUGGGUUGGAAAAGGCACGAUUUCUAGAAUGCUAUAACUUUGCGGCGUACUGUGACUGUGCGAGCUUAAAGGCAGCCUCAGUUUCAUUUUGUUGAAGAAUAUCAGAUGAUAUUAAAAGAUGUGAAUGGAUAAAUCUAUGUCCACAGACAUGGAGAUACUUUUACAGAUGUAUUAUUUACAUGUAUGGAAUAAGUAGCUCUUUUGCAAAAAAAAUUGAUGUGCUUUUUUUCUUUUCUUUUUUUUGCUGGUAUAUUAUUUUGCAAUAAAAGUGACAUUUUUAAACUGGA